CUGGGAUCUCUCUCAAAAUGGUAAAAGGGGAAUAAGAAAAAGAAGAACGUGAGGAUGAGGAGGAAGAAAUACAACCAACUAGCUUGGCUCUGACGACGACUCCGGCAAUGCAUCAAUGACGGCAUGUUUACAGGUAAGUGUACGGUAGAAAUUAAAAACAACAUUCGCUCUGACGAGGGCACCGACAAGGCAUCAAUGAAGGCAUAAUUACAGGUUAUUUCCGGAUGGAAACGGUGGCGCUACCAAAGAAUUUGCUUUUCUCCUAUGCGGCAGCGAUAACCGGUACAAGAAGGGUCCGUGCCAUCUCUGGCAAUCCGUCGGAGAAAAAGGAUCCAGACUAUUUGUUUUACGUGUUUCUUCAUUGUCGUUGGUGUGUCGAGCUUAUGGAGGAGGUUACGAAUACUAGUUGGAGAAGACACAGUCCGUGUAAGCGAUCAAUAAUCCGCGGAGAAAAGGACAUCCGGGGACCUAGUCACUCAGUUCAUAACCAGUGUUGGGGCCUCAGUGGUUGGUUGGUAAAGGUUUCACACCAAAUCGAGCCGGAAGAUGUGCCCGUUAAAAAUCCGGAGAGUAUAGGCGGUUCUAACGGUGGACACCAUCCCGAAAUCGUUGAAUUUUUACGUCACUAGCCACGGAAUCACUGAUACCCACCCAGUCCUCACGGGAGAGGAUUAAAAGACGAUUUUCUAUAUGAUUAAAA